GGACUGUUCCUGUCCAUGUACCUGGUCACAGUGCUUGGGAACCUGCUCAUCAUCCUGGCUGUCAGCUCUGACCCCCACCUCCACACCCCCAUGUACUUCUUCCUCUCCAACCUGUCCUUUGUUGAUAUCUGCUUCAUCUCCACCACAGUCCCAAAGAUGCUGGUGAACAUCCAGGCACAGAACAAAGACAUCUCCUACACAGAGUGCCUGGCACAGGCAUAUUUUUUAAAUACAUUUGCUGCAAUGGAUAAUUUCCUACUGACCAUGAUGGCUUAUGACCGGUUUGUGGCCAUCUGUCAUCCAUUGAACUACAUAGUCACCAUGAAUCCACGGUUCUGUGUUCUUCUGGUUCUUCUGUCUUGGCUCAUCAUGUUCUGGGUCUCCCUGGUUCAUAUUCUACUGGUGAAGCGACUGACCUUCUCCGCUGGCACUGUUAUCCCACAUUUCUUCUGUGGACUGGCUCAGCUUUUCAUGGUGGCCACAUCUGAUACACUCAUCAAUAAUAUUUUUCUGUAUGUGAGCACCACUGUGCUGGGGGUUUUUCCUAUGACUGGGAUCCUCUUCUCCUACUCUCAGAUUGUCUCCUCCUUAUUGAGGAUGUCCUCUUCUGUGGCCAAGUAUAAAGCAUUUUCCACCUGUGGGUCCCACCUCUGUGUGGUUGCCCUAUUUUAUGGGGCAGGCCUGGGGGUUUACCUCAGUUCUGCUGGGACCCAUUCUUCCCAGAGAACCAUGAUUGCCUCCGUGAUGUACACUGUGGUCACCCCCAUGUUGAACCCCUUCAUCUAUAGCCUGAGAAAUAAGGAUGUGAAGGGGGCCCUGUGGAGACUCCUCAGCAGAGCAGGUUUUGACCCUUGA